AUGGACAAUGCUAGUAACUCAAGAACUGCAUUGGGCGACGAGAACAUAUCAUUUGGGACUCUACUGGCCUCGAUAGGUACGGGAGCAGCUGCAUUCGGUGUACAGUUCCUACUGUUUAACUUCUUCCGGUUACGAUUGAAGAGAAUAUAUUCGCCCAAAACAUAUCUCGUACCUGAAAAAGAGAGGAUUCCCGAUGCACGUCCCGGCAUAUUCGGCUGGGUCGUAUCAAUAUUCAAGACCUCUAAUAUGGAAUUUAUAGAGAAAUGCGGCCUGGACGCCUAUUUCUUUCUUCGCUACCUCCGCAUGCUUCUCAAGAUAUUCGUUCCCGCAGCUUGCGUAUUACUACCUAUCCUUCUUCCGAUCAACAGCGUCAAUCUGAAAGAUAAACCUCACAGCGGCGUGAACAAGUUCUCCGUUUCAAAUAUUGGCGCAAAUGAUCAAAGCAGAAAAUGGGUGCAUCUGGUUGCCAUCCUCUGUCUGGACAUUUACAUUUGUUACAUCAUGUUCGGGGAACUACGGGGCUAUAUCCGUAUACGUCAAGCCUACCUGACUUCUCCACAACAUAGGCUGCGAGCAUCAGCCACGACAGUUCUAGUCACCAAUAUCGGAAGGAGAUGGCUGACACGAGAAGCCCUUGAUGGACUUUACGACGUCUUUCCCGGUGGUGUUCGCAAUAUAUGGAUCAAUAGAGACUAUGGGGAACUUGAUUCGCUGGUUAGUGCCAGAGAGAGCAUAGCCUCUGAUCUUGAGAAUGCUCAUGCGAACUUGAUUGAAGCUGGCCACGUAGAAUUCUACAGACAAUCGAGCAAGACGUCCGGAGUUUCCCCGGCGGACAUGGAUGUGCAUGAAGAACCUGGGAUGAGUACGGGCAACCCUCAUCAGAUUGCGAAGACUCUCGACGAAGCGCUCGGACGCGAGGGCUCCGGAUCAUUCGAGAAUGUAGGAAAGACAUUAGAAGCAAAGAAGAAGAAUGACCUGCUCUCAGACGUGGCGGGAGGCUUUGGUGCUGUCGGCCAGGGGCUGGGUCGCGGAGUCGGAGCGGUGGGUCAUGGCGUUAAUCGAUUUGGCCACUAUGUCCGUGAGGGAGUUACUGAUACAUUUACUCGUGGAAAGGGGAACGGACUGAACGAGGAUGCGACUGAAGCUCCCAUCGAAAAAGAUCUGCCCAAUGUAGAACAGGGGUCAACCAGUGGUGCGGCUAGAGAAUCAUCAGGUUCGAACGAUUUCGCCCCAAUACCUGCAGCGCAAGAGCAGCCAGCAGAAGAAGAAUCAUACCCCAAAAGAGGGCUUUUUGGAAACAAAAGCUUCAAGUCGCAACACCAGGGUGUGCAAUCCCAAGUACGCGAAGGAGACGAGUAUCCGCUGCAUGAUCUCAAACUUAGAACGUCUGGAGAAUCAACGAUAGAUACCAAGACGAAAAUUCCUGACGCCAAGCCCACUCAAAAGAAAAGCGGCUUCUUGGGAACUGUCGUUGGUUUCUUCGUCAAUUCUUUGGAAGAAGAAAUGCCCACCAAAAAGGAACUUAUAGAGCUAAGCAAGGCAGAAACCGAGCGCCGGCGUCGAUACACUGCAGAAUUAAAUCCCCCAUGCACCAAGUACGUCAAGGAGAGCGACCGCCCAACCACACACGUGCACCCUUCGCCGUUGUUAAACUGGAUACCAAAAGUUGGCACCAAAGUGGACUCUAUUGACUAUCUCACUGUUGCCCUCGCUGUGUAUAACAAACACAUUGAGAGGUUCCAGAGUGAUCCCGAGCGGUUUCCAUUGAUGAACUCUGCGUUCAUUCAAUUUAAUCAUCAAGUCGCCGCACAUAUGGCUUGUCAAUCGCUGAACCAUCACGUACCGCUUCAGAUGACUCCCAGGACAGUUGAGAUCUCCCCUGAUGACGUACGAUGGGACAGUCUUUCAACGCCAUGGUGGUUCUCAUGGAUCAAGACAGUCCUUGUUCAAGCAGCUGUUGUUGGUCUCGUGAUCCUGUGGGCGUUUCCAGUGGCGUUCACUGGUGCUCUUUCCAACCUUGACGACGUUGCAGAUACAUAUUCCUGGCUCGACUUCGUCAACUCAUGGCCAAAAGCGGCCAAAUCGCUGAUACAGGGUAUCCUUCCCCCUGCCUUACUGGGUCUCUUACUUGUCCUGCUACCUCUCAUCCUUCGGCUACUCACUGCCAUACAAGGUAUGAGGACUGGAAACGAACUCGAACUAAGAGUCCAACUCUAUUAUUUCGUUUUCCUCUUCGUUCAAGUUUUCCUGGUCGCCACUUUUGCCACAGGUAUCUCUACGAUCCUCGAUCUGUUCUCAGGCGACACAACAGUGACGAGCAUUCCCAACAUCCUCGCCCAGCAGCUCCCACUGGCAGCUAAUUACUUCUUCUCCUACAUUGUCCUACAAGCGCUUUCAGUGAGUGCUGGCGCCAUCCUACAGGGCUUCAACAUUUUUAUGAUGUAUUUGUGGAGCCGAUGGUUUGAUUCUUCGCCACGGUCUUUAUUCAAUAGGUCGACAAAGCUACCAAGCAUCCAAUGGGGAACAUUCUUCCCUGUGUAUACCAAUUUUGCCGUAAUUGGCAUCGUUUAUUCUGUCAUCGCCCCACUCAUCCUCGUGUUCAUCACUAUCACCUAUGCUUUGUUCUGGGUCGUUCACCGGUAUAAUGCACUAUAUGUGAACAGAUACAUCAACGAUACCGGCGGUCUGCUAUUCCCUCGAGCUGUGAUUCAGCUAUUUACAGGUCUAUACACUAUGCAUCUCUGCUGGUUCGGUCUUUUCCUGCUUGCACAAGACGCCCAAGGAAAUCAGGUCUGCAUUCCACAAGCUAUCAUUGUCGUCAUUCUUGCGGUCCUACUUCUCCUUUAUCAAUUAGCUCUCAACAAACACUUCAGCCCUCUGUACAGAUACAUCCCUAUCACGAUGGAAGAUGACGCUGUGGAACGGGAUGAGGAAUUUGCUGCUUUACAAGCUCGCCGACACGACGGCGAAGAGCUUUCACCUGACGAACGUAGAAAAUUGGAGGGCGAAAACCUUCAAUGGGUGCUUGAACAUCGCGAGCGCAGGGAGGAGGCGGAAAACAAGGCUCUCGAGGAGGCAGAAAGCAAACGUAUUGAAGCUCUUAAACAGGGGCACCAACUGCCCGGGUCACCCAAACUCUCAUCGUCAGACCUGAACCUCUCACCUAAGGUGAUCGGCACUGGUCGCGAGCGCAAGCCAUCAUGGACCUCAAGAUCUAGCCAAAGGUCGUCAUCUAACGUGUAUCACACAGCACAUACAGAUAAGACCUUGGCCAGAGAAGAUGCAAACGAGCCCGACGGGGCCUUCUCACGUGUGGACAAAGCUAUCGGUGAAUCACUCGGCUCUGCUGUCGAUGGCGCCGUCAUGUCCACCGCGAAGAUCGCCCGUCGCGUAGCACAUCAUCGCCGUGGAACUGAUGCUCUUGCAGAGGAGGAAGCUGACGUCGAGGCGCAAAAACCUGUCGAAGAGCGCUAUUAUCACGGCAUGAACGAUGAAUUAGAAGACCUUACUAGCGAAGAGCGCGAUAUUUUGGUCAAUAAGGCGUUCCGACAUCGCGCGCUGCGAGCGACGCGGCCUGCAGUAUGGAUACCGAAAGACAAGGCUGGUAUUAGUGAAUUUGAGAUCAAGCUUGUUGCAUCAAGUGAGGAGUUGAGCCAAUAUAUUUGGAUUAGUAAUGAGGGAGCUGGGUUGAAGAGAAAUGGGAAGGUGAAUCAGCAGACGCUAAUGCGGCCGCCAGAUUUCAAUGAAGAAAGACUGAUUAAGUUGUGA